AUGAUGAUGAUGGCUGCCCGCUUCCAACCCCUCCUGCUGUUGCUGGUGCUGGUCGUCGUUGCACGCGUGUGCGGGGAGGUGGUAUUGGAGGAGGAUAAGGAAGGUGCACUGCACAUCAACACAAGCGAUCCAGAGAAGGAACCCGUGUUUGUCAAUGGCGCGGACAUCGGGAAGAUGUUCGAGGUGGUGCAGCAGCAGGCCAGCAUGUUGGAGGAGCAGAUGGGUGUCAACGAUGAGCUGCAGCAGCGCGACGAACAGCAGCAGGAAGCCCUCUGUCGCCGGUUUCCGCCGUCAACAGACACGACCACCCUGGCGAACGUCGGCACAGGAGGCGCCGACUGGCUUGGUGGCGUGCUGGCAAACAACGGCCUCAUCUACGGCAUCCCACACCGCUCUGCUUCUGUGCUCAUCAUCGACCCGACGACCAAUGUUGCCGACACAACGACCAUCCCUGGCUUGGCCCCAGACGCGCGCAAAUGGGGCGGUGGCGUGCUGGCACAAGAUGGCCUCAUAUACGCCUUCCCAUACGAUGCCGAGUCUGUUCUGAUCAUCGACCCCAUGAGCAACAGCGUGGACAAUACUACUUUUAGCUGGAUCAGCGGCGUGGUGGCUGCUGACAACGGCUUGAUCUAUGGCAUCCCGUGGCGUUCCUCAUCUGUGUUGAUCUUGGACCCAUUCAUGAAGACAACGGACACCACAACUAUGGCUGGGUUUGCAAGUGGGUGCUGCCAGUGGUAUGGCGGGGCGCAGGCGGCCAACGGCCUCAUCUACUCCGUUCCACGCGACCCCCAAUCCGUGCUCAUCAUCGACCCAGCCACCAACACGGCCGACACCACCUCCAUCGUGGGGCUCGCAGGCGACGACAAGUGGCAGGGUGCCGUGCGUGCGAGAAAUGGCCUCAUCUACGGCAUCCCUUUCAAGAGUACAUCGGUGCUUGUCAUUGAUCCAGCCACCAACACCACAGACACGACCUCCAUCGCCGGCCUUUCAUCUGAGCACGGCAAGUGGCGUGGAGGGUUGCUGGCGCCAAAUGGAAACAUCAUUGGCAUUCCCGCCAUGGAGUCAAGCGUGCUCAUCGUGGACCCACGCACCAACACAACCAACUUGUUGGAAUCAUUUGCUGUGGACGCUGCUGUGGACGCUGGCACCAACAAGUGGUAUGAUGGUGUGCUUGCCAACAACAACGGCCUCAUCUAUGGCCUGCCAAGUGGUUCGAUGUUGUGA